AUGGUACUCACGAUGGAUUCUUGGUUUGCCCUGAGGAUGUUCAACGUCCCUAAUCGCCUGGGCCUCUCAGACAACGCCAAGGUGAUGCUGCAAGCUCUCGAAGACCACAAAUACAGAUCCCUCGAGGAGGCUGAGAUCGGCCGCAUGCUGCGUCUGAGCCCUGGCAGACGCCUGUCUAUGAUCGAAACCAUCCGGAAGUGCACCACCAUGAUGGCGAAGAAGCAAGAGGAAGUUGCCGUCUGUGUCUUGGUCAUUCAGAUGUGCACCGAGGUUCUGGAGAUUGCCAAUCGCCCCCCUUCCAACACUCAGUUCCCCUUCAUGAAGCUGCCUCGCGAGAUUCGGGCCCGUGUGUUGGGCAUGAUCAUCAACGCCGGGCCCAAGAGCUGCCGCCUGCCCCCGAUUAAGCGUUCUCAGCAGUAUCACCCAUGCAACUGUGCAAACCCAGAGAGGCGCCACGUGGAAUUCCUGACGCCCAAGCAGUGGGCAACGUACAGGAUUCUCGGCAAAGCGCUGCGUGACGAGUUCUAUCCUAUCUUUUACAAGCAACAGACCCAAUACUUCACUUGCUGCUGCGAUCUCCUCAGCCAGCUUCAAGCCAACAGGUGCCUUCGUGACUACCUGCACAAGGCUGAGAUUCACUGGUGCGGUCCCAAAUCCGAUAAAGCGUUCAAGGAGUUGGCGAAGUGCCCCAACCUCACGGAGUUGACCAUCAAGCUCUCUAAGGGCACUACUGCCAUUCUCAAUGACCGCGAGGAGAAACUCCAACCUUUAUUCCCUCUCAACUACAAGAGCAAGAGGAUCACUGACAGCCUUGGAGCCGACGAGCUCUUUGCCAUUCGAGGUGUCAAGGUGGUGGAUGUUCAGCAUGUCCAAUCGGCUCAGAAGCUUCAGCUGAACGACUUUGAACGCCAGGGUCUACACUCAGCUCUGGAGGUCACCGUUUUACACCCCAGGCAAUGUAUCCACGAUCCCUUUCGACCGCUCCCUUCCUACUAA